AUGUGUGGCGGCAGCGCUUCUGCACACAGCCGCCGCUACAACAAGCAAUGUGAUUCAGCUCGAAAUUCCCGACUCACCACCAGCUGGUACGCAGUCGCUUUCUGGCUCGUUCCAAGGCUAUUCGAUGGAGAUGGCAUCGUUACCAAGCAUGGCAGGCAAUAUUUCGUAGUGCCCAUCCGCGUGGGAGGUACAACUGCCAAUCACGGAAUCUGGAUACCUAACCAGAAGGAAGCCAUCAUCCAGAACUUUGCAGUGCCUGGUGCAGACCAACCUGCAAAUGUUACGUGGGGACCGGCGUAUCUUGAGUCGUUCAAGACGUUCCCAAAUGGCACAAAAUACACUGUUGGAGUGACGUUCGACAGUGGUGCUGUAGGAGAAAAAGCCACUAUUGCCGAAGCAAAAGCUUUCUACGAGGGCAUUGGCUCCGAUCUCUAUGCUAUGGAGGUUGGAAACGAGUUUGAUGUCUUUCCCGUCGACCGAGACAAUACCACCUGGUCUAUCCAAAAAUACGUCCCGGAAUGGCUCAACCACACCGCCGCAAUCGCCACGCGCGUCCUUGGAAUCUCAUCCCAAAAGCUCUUCCAAGCUGGCGCCUUCGUCGCCCCCGGCACCCUCAAUGACGACCUAACCUGGACCGCACAAGCCGCCAUCGACCUCGGCAUCGCAUCCACCAACCUCGCCCGAACAUUCUGCACGCACCAGUACUUCGGCGCAGCAUGCGGGCCCGUCAAACCCACCAUGGCCGGCGCUUUGAUGAACCGUACUGCGAUGUGGCCAUUAAUGGCCUAUCACGCCAGCGCCUCCGCAUACUCCGUAUCCAAAAACCUGCCAUAUGUCAUCGGAGAGACGAACUCCAUCGCAUGCCAGGGUCUCGCGGGCGUGUCUGAUGUCUUCGGCGCUGCGGUGUGGAGCGUCGACUACGCGCUGUACGCCGCCUCACUCAACGUGUCCGCGCUGUAUUGGCACAUGGGCACGGGAUAUCGAUACGCGGCAUGGCAGGCUACGCAGAACGGCACGACGGCGGCUGGGCCGCGACCGCUCUACUAUGGGAAUUGGCUCGUUGCGAAGGCGCUGGGUGGGGGUGAGAAGAAGGUUAUCAGUAUUGUGAACACUACGACGUUGGCUGGGUAUGCUGUAUAUGCCGAGGGGGAGAAGCUGAGGAGCGUUGUGCUUGUUAAUCAGGAGAUUUUCAAUUCUUCGACGAGUGCGGCGGGGGAGAGGGGGAGUGUGACGUUUCAGUUGCCGAAGGAAUUGUGUGGUAGUGAUGUGAAGACUUCGGUGCAGAGGCUUACUGGGGCUGGAGCGGAGGUUCGAGAGGGCAUUGAGUUUUCUGGACAGACGGUAGCGUUAGACGGCAAGAUUGAGGGAAGUGAGUCGAAGGAAGUUGUACAAGAUGGUUUUGUGCAAAUAAAGGCGACCGAAGCUGUCCUGAUCUCAUUCGCCGAGUGA